AUGAGUGAGAUCCAGCAGAGAGUCGCCAUCAUUGGCGCUGGUAUUGCCGGGUUAACCCAAGCUAUUGCCCUCAAAACCAAACUUAAAUUCCACAAUUUCACAAUAUAUGAGAAAGAGUCUGAAGUUGGUGGAGUGUGGAGGGCCAACACAUAUCCUUUUAUCAUCAGACCUUACCCAUACUGGAACGCAUCACACGGCCUUCAACCGGAAAUUCAAGCCUACUGGAUUGAACUCUCGAAGAAAUACAAUCUAUAUCCACACAUCGCAUUCAACACAAAAGUAUUGUCUGCCGAGUGGGAUGAUGCCAGACAACAGUACAACAUCAUCGUGGAAGAUGUAUCUUCAGGCAAGAGAAUGUCGAGCGUAGCUAACGUCGUGAUAUCUGCCGUUGGUAUCUUGCAGGUCCCAAAUAUUCCAUAUGAGAUCCCUGGAGUUCGCAAGUUUAAGGGGGCAUCGUUUCAUUCCGCACAUGAUUGGAAAUGCCUCCUCCGGUUCGUGCCAUCUAUAUCUGAAGACUUGUCCGUCGAAGUAGUCAACUUCAUCCGCACUCCGACCUGGUUUAACACUCGACAACAAAACAAAACAUCUAAGCCACGCAUUCCAUACUCGAACACUGUGAAAUGGAUAUUUGCUAACAUCCCCCUGGUAAUGCAACUGCACCGAACUUGGAUUAUGCUCCAGUAUAUUGCUCCCCCUCACUUACCCAUGGGUGAUAGGGCUCUCCAGAAAAAACGUGACGCGAUGACGAAAUACAUCCUCGAUAACACACCAGAUAGAUACCAUUCUCAUAUGAUACCUGAUCAUCCCCCAGGUUGCAAGCGGACUGUCGCGAACAGUGGUUUCCUGAAAAGUAUCUGUCGUUCUAACGUGACACUGAACUUCGACGGAAUCGCCGAGAUAGUGGAGAAUGGCAUCAUCACAAACACUGGUGAAAUGUUACUAUUUGAUAUCAUUGUAUACGCGACCGGAUUCACCUGCAAACAGGAGUCGUAUCCGAUGCACGUUCGAGGCUUGAAUGGAGCCACUGUCCAAGGCUAUUAUGAGGCGCAUGGUGGCCCUACUGCAUACCUCGGGACUGCAAUUCCAGACUCACCAAACUUUUACUUGAUAAUUGGACCAAAUACUGGAGGACAAACAGCAUCGACGUGGACCGCAGAAGUGCAAAUUGCAUACGUCCUUCAACUCAUAGAGCCGGUCCUUACUGGUUCUGCCUCAUCUUUCACCGUCAAAGCCACACCCACAGAUACAUACAACGCCAAGUUACAAGAACGGCUCUCUCGCUCGGUGCAUGUACACUGCUUCUCUUGGAGGCGUACGAACGGUACAUGCAAAGUGUUCCAUUCGUUUCCUUGGCCUGGGACAGUUUUCUGGUGGUUACUUCGUCGACCAAAUUGGGAUCAUUAUACGGCUGUCGACGCCGAGAAAUGGGCAAGGGCAAGGCGAAGAAAGGAUGUUAAGAGUAUUCUGAAAUGCGCUGUAGUCUUGACGCUACUGUGGUUAUACAUCAGCGGCUCUGCUCAGCGGAUUUUAUAUGACAUGUGGUGA